AUGAAGCCUCGCCCAUGGCUGUCAGGCGUGCUCUGCCUGGCGCUGUAUCUCGCCCACUCGGCAGCCCUCGGAGACUACUCGUCGAUCUCGGCGAGGUCCCUGGGAAAAAAGAGGUUCACCAAAGGGUCUGUCCUACUGACCCAGACGGUCCCUCGCGUUUUGGCCUGCCUGGACUUGUGCCGUGGCUACGAGCUCUGCGUCGCCUUCAGCUACGAUGGAGUUUCGUGCCAGCUCAGAGACACCGUGUCGACCGUCGUCAACUCGCCAGUUUGGGUCUCAUACGUCAUCACUCAACAGCCUGACCUCAAUGUUUUGAUGGAUCCGUGUGCCGGCAGCCCUUGUCCGGCCGCCAAAGUUUGCGUGCGCUACUCGAUCCCAGCCAUUCUACCGUACCACCCUGAGUGGGCCCUCAACUUCUCGCUGCCUGGCUACGUCUGCACCGGUGCUACAGAUUUGCUUGCCCAGCGCGAUCAAGGCAAAAGCUGCCAGCUCGUGAGUUACUGGGACACGUGGAUGUCAGGCAACCUCAUUUCCUCUGAGGACGCGCCCUUCUACGAGGCUUUCGACCGCUGCUCCAACUUAGACUGCACGUCGCUAUGUUCCGAAUGGAGUGAGUAA